CUUGUGGCACCGCCUGGUACGCGAUUACGAAGGGAGCGUCCGGGGUGAGGGGAACGAGCGGGUAUCCCGGCGCGUGGCACCGCCUGGUACGCGAUUAUGAGGGGAGCGUCUGAGGGGAGGAGGACGAGCGGAAUCCUGAAAUAUGCCAGAGCAUUAAAGUGAUGUGUACGAAUAUCUGCAAAAAGACAACAUGUUACAAAACUCAUACAUUAAACAAGAUUGUAAAGAGAAGAUCGAUCAGGUGGAGCAUGAUUUACCAGUUGAAGCAUGUAUCAAUCACAAUAUAAACAGUGACAAUAAAAAUCUCUUAAUGGAACAAUACAAUCAAAGUAGUGAUUUGAAGUCAGAUAAUACUAUAAAUCCUGGUGAAAUGUUAUAUUCUUGUAAAGAAUGUCAUAAAAGCUUCAAUCGAUACGAUUUUUUGAAGAGACACAAUAGAAUACAUACUGGUGAAAAGCCAUAUGCUUGUAACGAAUGUGGUAUGAGCUUCAAUCAAUCUAGUUCUUUGAAGAGACACAUUAGAAAACAUACUUGUGAAAAGCCAUAUUCUUGUAAAGAAUGUGGUAUGAGCUUCAAUUACUCAAGUAGUUUGAAGACACACAAUAGAAUACAUACUGGUGAAAAGCCAUAUAUUUGUAAAGAAUGUGGUAUGAGCUUCAAUAAAUCUUGUAAUUUGAAGACACACAAUAGAAUACAUACUGGUGAACAGCCAUAUUCUUGUAAAGUAUGUGGUAAGAGCUUCAGUCGAUCUAAUUUAUUGAAGAAUCACAAUAGAAUACAUACUGGUGAAAAGCCAUAUGCUUGUAACGAAUGUGGUAUGAGCUUCAAUCAAUCUAGUUCUUUGAAGAGACACAAUAGAAUACAUACUGGUGAAAAGCCAUAUGCUUGUAACCAAUGUGGUAUGAGCUUCAAUCAAUCUAGUUCUUUGAAGAAACACAUUAGAAAACAUACUUGUGAAAAGCCAUAUUCUUGUGAAGAAUGUGGUAAGAACUUCAAUCAACCUAGUCAUUUGAUGAAACACAAUAGAAUACAUACUGGUGAAAAGCCAUAUACUUGUAAAGAAUGUGGUAUGAGCUUCAAUUACUCAAGUAGUUUCAAGACACACAAUAGAAUACAUACUGGUGAAAAGCCAUAUAUUUGUAAAGAAUGUGGUAUGAGCUUCAAUAAAUCUUGUAAUUUGAAGACACACAAUAGAAUACAUACUGGUGAACAGCCAUAUUCUUGUAAAGAAUGUGGUAUGAGCUUCAAUUACUCAAGUAGUUUGAAGACACACAAUAGAAUACAUACUGGUGAAAAGCCAUAUUCUUGUAAAGUAUGUGGUAAGAGCUUCAGUCGAUCUAAUUUAUUGAAGAGACACAAUAGAAUACAUACUGGUGAAAAGCCAUAUGCUUGUAACCAAUGUGGUAUGAGCUUCAAUCAAUCUAGUUCUUUGAAGAAACACAUUAGAAAACAUACUUGUGAAAAGUCAUAUUCUUGUGAAGAAUGUGGUAAGAACUUCAAUCAACCUAGUCAUUUGAUGAAACACAAUAGAAUACAUACUGGUGAAAAGCCAUAUACUUGUAAAGAAUGUGGUAUGAGCUUCAAUUACUCAAGUAGUUUUAAGACACACAAUAGAAUACAUACUGGUGAAAAGCCAUAUAUUUGUAAAGAAUGUGGUAUGAGCUUCAAUAAAUCUUGUAAUUUGAAGACACACAAUAGAAUACAUACUGGUGAACAGCCAUAUUCUUGUAAAGAAUGUGGUAUGAGCUUCAAUUACUCAAGUAAUUUGAAGACACACAAUAGAAUACAUACUGGUGAAAAGCCAUAUUCUUGUAAAGUAUGUGGUAAGAGCUUCAGUCGAUCUAAUAUAUUGAAGAUACACAAUAGAAUACAUACUGGUGAAAAGCCAUAUGCUUGUACCCAAUGUAGUAUGAGCUUCAAUCAAUCUAGUUCUUUGAAGAAACACAUUAGAAAACAUACUUGUGAAAAGCCAUAUUCUUGUGAAGAAUGUGGUAAGAACUUCAAUCAACCUAGUCAUUUGAUGAAACACAAUAGAAUACAUACUGGUGAAAAGCCAUAUACUUGUAAAGAAUGUGGUAUGAGCUUCAAUCAAUCUGGUAAUUUGAAGACACACAAUAGAAUACAUACUGGUGAACAGCCAUAUUCUUGUAAAGAAUGUGGUAUGCGCUUCAAUUACUCAAGUAAUUUGAAGACACACAAUAGAAUACAUACUGGUGAAAAGCCAUAUGCUUGUAACGAAUGUGGUAUGAGCUUCAAUCAAUCUAGUUCUUUGAAGAGACACAAUAGAAUACACACUGGUGAAAAGCCAUAUGCUUGUAACCAAUGUGGUAUGAGCUUCAAUCAAUCUAGUUCUUUGAAGAAACACAUUAGAAAACAUACUUGUGAAAAGCCAUAUUCUUGUGAAGAAUGUGGUAAGAACUUCAAUCAACCUAGUCAUUUGAUGAAACACAAUAAAAUACAUACUGGUGAAAAGCCAUAUAUUUGUAAAGAAUGUGGUAUGAGCUUCAAUAAAUCUUGUAAUUUGAAGACACACAAUAGAAUACAUACUAGUGAACAGCCAUAUUCUUGUAAAAUAUGUGGUAAAAGCUUCAGUCGAUCUAAUUUAUUGAAGAGACACAAUAGAAUACAUAGUGAUGGAAAGCCUUAUUCUUGUAAAGAAUGUGGUAAGAGCUUCAGUCGAUCUGAUUUUUUGAAGAGACACAAUAGAAAACAUACUGGUGAAUAGCCAUAUGCUUGUAACGAAUGUGGUAUGAGCUUCAAUAAAUCUAGUCAUUUGAAGAGACACAUUAGAAAACAAACUGGUGAAUUGCCAUAUUCUUGUAAUUAAUGUGGGGAGAGCUUCAAUCAAUCUGAUUUUUUGAAGAGACACAAUAGAAGACAUGCUGGUGAAAAGCCAUAUUCUUGUUAAGAAAGUGGUAGAAGCUUCAAUCAAUCUAAUAAUGUAAAGAUGCACAAUUUCGGAUUCAUUCAUACAUUAUGAAUGUAAAAAAAUGCUAGUAAGUUGGAUAAAUUCACUCACUUAUACAGAAACUGAAGAACUUUUAACAUAAUCAUAAUAUUAUUAAUUUAACAUUCAUUCAUUUGAUCACAAACACACAUUGACUCACACACUUCAUAAUACCUCUCACACCUUACUUAUCACUCACAACACACCCAAUGCACACACCUUAUUUCUUACUAUACAUAGUUUUUAGAUAUACUUCUUAGUAUUUAGAGUUUGAUUGUCUGUAAAUAAUGUAAUAAAUAUUAAUAAGCUAUGGAAGAGCGGAGUCUUCUAACACAGGCGCUAUAGUACCUAAAAGGAGGCUCCAAUCAUGAAUAUUGAUUAAUGUACAUACUUGCUAAGGAAAAUAAACAUUUUGUAUUUUUUUUUGUAUACAUGAUAUUACAUCCAUAUUUGUUAGUACAAUUUGCAAACUUACAAAAUAGUGUUAGUAAUAACUUAUUAAAUCAAAUAUUAAAAAAAGUAAAAAAAAUAACAGGCUGAUCCGGGUGGACUUCCCGAUGAUGACGGUAAAUUACUAUACGACUGCGUGCAGCUGUAUCCAUCGAGCCAGCAUCGGGGAGUCCCACCGGUCCGACAGCGUACGCAGUAUGAUGUUGCGUAACCCAGUGACCGAAAUACUUCACUUGCUUAACUUUAUUUAGAGCUGUACCACAUAAGCUGAAUGUCGGAACGAAUGUGUAUCGCUUUUUAUCCGGCCAGAAAAUCAUUAUUUCACUCUUUUUCGCGUUGUAUUUGAGCCCGUGCGCCACCUCAUAGGACUCACAAAUUCUCAGUAGCCUUCGUCAAGCACCAAUUGAUGGGCUCAGUAGCACCAUAUCGUCUGCGUAGCUGAUAUUGUCCACGCACACUCCAUCAAUAUGACACCCGACGCCGGAGCUGCUGAGCUCAUCUAUCAGUCGGUUGACAUAAAGGCUGAAGAGCUUGGGAGAGGUCAGCCCCCCUGCCUCACCCCGCAUUCCAGCCCGUACUCCUCCGAGGCAGAGCUUGCCCAUCUUACGUAGUUCUUUUGCUUAUUAUACCAAUGCAUAAAUACUAGCACGAUUUCCCUAGGUAUAGAAAUUUAUCCCUUAAUUUACCCCAAAGAAUAUAGUACGGUACAAGAUCGAAAGCUUUCGAUAAAUCAAGGUAGCAUGCGUUUACUAGGGUCUUUCUACUAGUGUAAUACCGUACAGUCUGCUUGAGGGCCAGGAUAGCACUCUCGGUGGAAAGCCCGGGCCUGAAACCGAACUGCGCGUCGUUUAGCAAGACAUACUUAUCCAGAUGGUUACCGAGCAGACUGUCCAGCACUUUAGCGACCACUGUGGCCAGAGAGAUCGGUCUAUAGUUGUUUACAUCUAAUACAUCACCAGUUUUAUUUUUGAUUAUUGGUACAAUAUAGUGCGCAUCAGAUUAUCAGGCAGAUGGGAGUGACCUAAGCACAGGGUAAACAACAUAGAAAGCACUCUGGGUAGGUGUACACCCGCGUGCUGCAGGUGCUCGAUGCUAAGGCUGUCGUGACCCGGGGAUUUACCCCUCAAAAUGCCUUUGAUCACCGCACACACUUCUUCCGCAGUAAAAUGGACACUACGCUCACUACCAUCCUCAGCAUUAGGCUCCUGCCGCACUAGUCCCAGAGGAGAUUGCACCCUGAACUGGUGGGAGAACAUAGUGGCAAUAUCCCUAGGCUCGUGAACUCCCGCCACGCUGAGAGCCGGCCCGGCUUAUGAUUGAUUUUAUUUGUGUUUUUCCAGAACUGACCCAACUUCUUGUGUGAGUUAAGGUCAGCUAUAAUAUCUAUUUUUAUUUGUUGUUGAUUAUUCUGACACCACUUUAAUUUUGAUUUAAAAGCACGCCUUGUUUCACACAUAUCAUUAUAAAGACGGCCGGCCCCAGGCCUUCCCCCAUACAACCAGGCCUGAAAACAAAGCCGAGCCCUCCCUUCAGCGCCGCGGACAUGCCUAUUCCACCCGGUAAUGUAUUUACCUCGACGCUUUUGGGUAACAUUAUAACUACAUAUAGCGGCCUCCGACAGUAUACAAAUAAUAUCGUCAUACAUGCUAUCUAAUAGGAUUUUAUGAUAUUUGUUACAACACAUUAUUAUCUGAGCAGUUUCUUAAUUCUAGAGUAAAAUCAAUUUCACGAAGUCUAGAGUGACAUACAUUUUUAAAUUUCUCUGAGUCGAGUCACGUUGACCCCAAACUAUUCUAUUUACACAAACAUUAGGUGUACAAAGCUUAGGCUUAAAUAAAUUAAAAUUACAUUAUACAGAUACAUUGUAUAGAUCAGACCAAUAAGUAUUAUAUAACACAGAGGCAGCGGACACGGAAAGCCGCGCGGCACAAUUAACAAGACAGUCGAGCCAUCCGAGACAGCCGUGCGCAUCACUGACAAAUGUAUGACUGUCCGGCGGCAUCAAUUCCAAAUCUACACGAAGACCACGAUUGUUCCGCACAACAAUUUAAGAGCUCGUAGCAAAUGACUCACCAGGGUGCGCAUUGUAGUCCCCUAACAUAAACACUGACUCGACAUUGUGACUGUCAAUUAUUGCUGUUAUUUCGCUGCGACACUCUGUGAACUCCACUAAGUUUUCAUUGGACUCGGUAGGCAUAUAUACAGAAAAUAUGAAAAUAGAGCGAUUUACUUACGAAUAUUUUGUAUGAUUUGUAGACCUUACCUAGCUUCAUAUCCAUUUUUUCAAUUUUAACAUCAAUGUUAGUCUUUUUUCGUUGUCGAGUCUCGUAGUUCGACGGUUGGAUCGUCUUGCUUAUUUUUACUACUACUCUUAUUAUUCUCCAAUUUAUUGUGUUCACUUUGCCUUCAUUGCAGUCUAUCGGCAAUCCCGAGGGACCACUAUCGCAUUCGAAACUUGCAACAUAUGCACCCCUUCUGCGGUUUUCAUUGCACCAUCCUGAGAGACAGAUGCUGCACCUCACUUCUCAACUGAUUCAUUUGCUGAAGUGUAGCAUAAUAAUCCUUCAUCUUGUCGAGAUUUUGCCGUAGCUUAGCAAUGUCUUUCAACAGCCUCGUCACGUCAACAUGGUCGAACAACACUCAGGGUAAAAUUUUCAAGGUCACGGGCCACAAAGACUGGGAUAUCCUCAGAGUCGGAAUCGCGGAUCAGACAGAUAAUGUCAUCUAUGUCCCUCACAUUUUUCCGUUGUUGUUGGCAAGGAUUCGUACAACAACUCCUUCGCCUUUAAAAUUUUACUUACAGAGAAAGCACUUAAACAGAUUCUGCUUAUACUUUCGUCAUCCAUCACUGAUAUUUUAUUAUUGACGAAGGCCAACACUUCGUUAAUCACUACAUUGCAAUUUGCACAUUUAACCACAGAGGACGUUUUUUUUUUAAUUCCCCGAUACACACCGUUACGCACAAGUAUUCAACCGUUAACAAUAGAAUGCAUUAAAUACUAAUAAACAAAAUCACCUGAUGACCAACAUGCAAAUGAUAAGCACAGAGAGACAAAAUCACAGUAUUAAAUAAAUUAGCAGUAUAAAAAAAGGGAAGUGCCCAGACAGCAUCAGCAAUAAAGCUUUAAAGACAGGAGCCCACAAUUUACUUUCGAUUUAAACAAACACUUUUCAGCAUGGUUCUUGAAACAGGGGAUUGUAGUACACCAGUGGUGUAAUUCAGACAUACUACUCCUUUACACAAAAGGUAGCCCAAUUGAUAUAUUAGAUGAUGACUAUGUUUAUUGUCGAGAAUGACGGAAAAGAUUGUUAAUUAGCAGCCAGUAGAGCAAUCAGGCUUAUGUUUAAGAUAUUCAAGAAUCGACCAUAUAAACACUGACACAACAUUGAGAAAAUUAUGGAAAAAAAUAAUCUAAAGCGUUUGAUAGCAUCCCAGCAAUGUCGUGAUAUAGACGAAAACUACAUAACUGUUCUCACGAUCAUAUACACACACAGCUCAAGCCGAAUAAGAUUAGAAACAAAGGGAGAAGAAAUAAUAAUAGAAACAGGAGUUUGAUAGGAUUAUGUUGAUGAUAUUCCAGAACAUUAACUCGGAGAAAAAUGGAAUAUGGGUAGGUGUUAAACAUUUGAGUCAUCUAAGAUUUGGAGAUGUCAUAGUUGUCUUUGCCAGGUCAGCAUCAGAACUAUAACAAAUAAUACAAACUCAACAGUGAGAGCAAAAAAAUUGGAUUAAAUAAUAAUAUGUAGACUUACGUUUUUUUUUAAAUCGAGAUUCCAUACUGUUACGAUAUCUCGAUUAACUAUUUUUUAACUUAGAGAGUUUGUUUAUUAAUUUAUCUUAAAGUUAAAACAUUGUAAUCUUGUGUUAAACUUUGAUGAAAGUAAAUGAAUUGUAAUUACGUUGUAAUUGUGAAUCUAAUUUAGCAUAGUAUAAAGUUUAUUUAUUAAAUAAAUUUAA